UGGAGUGGGAGGGGUUCCGCGCAGAGUCCUUCCACACCUCUACAGUUCAGCUGUGCGCACUGCAUGAAGAGCACUACACGCCCCCGCUGAUCAUCAGUGCAGCACUUAGAAAGCGGAGAUCUCCAUCAGUAUGCUGUGCUUCUCAUCGUCUGUGAGGCUCACGUCGAGCCUUCGCAGGUACAUCGGUGUGCAACGCUUGCCAAACUCAUGCCCACUGCUGCAGCAACCCAGGCACAGCAGUACUGCAGUAAAUAAGAGCACAGCGUCCUACAGCUAUGUGAUAGUCGGGGCUGGAUCUGCAGGCUGUGUGCUGGCCAACCGUCUGGCAGAGAACGCCUCCGAUUCGGUGCUCCUUCUGGAGGCGGGACCCAAAGACAAGCAGCUGGGAAGCACCCGUCUGUCCUGGAAGAUUCACAUGCCGGCUGCUCUGACCUAUAACCUCUGCGACGACAAGUACAACUGGUUUUACCACACGCUACCUCAAGCGCACAUGGACGGCAGGGUGAUGUACUGGCCUCGUGGCCGCGUCUGGGGCGGCUCGUCGUCGCUCAAUGCCAUGGUGUACAUUCGGGGGCACGCCGAGGACUACAACCGCUGGCAGAGCGAGGGGGCCGAGGGCUGGGGCUACGAUCACUGUCUUCCGUACUUCCGCAAGGCCCAGACACAUGAGCUGGGAGCAGACCGAUAUCGAGGGGAUGACGGCCCACUGCAUGUGACGCGAGGAAAAACCAGUCACCCUCUGCACCACACAUUCAUCGAAGCGGGCCAGCAAGCCGGAUACCCCUUCACGGAUGACAUGAACGGAUUCCAGCAGGAAGGAGUGGGCUGGAUGGAUAUGACCAUCCACAGAGGGUCACAUAUGGAGUGUGUGUUUGCUGAUAAGGAGGUCAUUCUCAGCGGUGGAGCCAUAAACUCUCCACAGCUCCUCCUGCUGUCUGGAGUGGGAAACGCAGAUGAACUUCGCAAACAUGAUAUUCCCGUUAUACAGCAUCUUCCAGGUGUGGGCUGUAAUCUGCAGGAUCAUCUGGAGAUAUAUGUGCAGCAUCGCUGUACUCAACCCAUCACGCUCUACAAAGCCCAGAAGCCCUUCCACAUGGUGAAGAUCGGCCUGGAAUGGCUAUCCAGAUUCACAGGUUAUGGUGCAACGGCUCAUCUGGAGAGCGGCGGGUUCAUUCGUAGUCAUCCUGGUGUUCCUCAUCCUGAUAUUCAGUUCCAUUUCCUGCCCUCUCAGGUCAUCGAUCACGGCAGAGUUAAAUCCAAGAUCGAGGCCUUCCAGGUUCAUGUUGGACCCAUGAGGAGCACGAGUGUUGGGUGGCUCAAACUGAAGAGUAGAGACCCGUUUGCCCACCCUAUCAUCCAACCCAACUACCUCUCCACCGACACCGACAUGUUGGAGUUCAGAGAAUGCAUCAAGCUCACACGGGAAAUCUUCGCUCAAAAAGCCUUCGACCCUUUCCGAGGCCCCGAGGUGCAGCCGGGCCCCGCCGUCCAAUCCGACGCAGAGAUCGACGCUUUCGUCCGGCAGAAGGCAGACAGCGCCUACCACCCGUCCUGCUCGUGUAAAAUGGGCAGCGCCUCGGACAGCAGGGCGGUGGUGGACCCUGCUCUGCGUGUGUUCGGUCUGCAGGGGCUGAGGGUGGUGGACGCCUCCGUUAUGCCCAGCAUGCUGAGCGGGAACCUGAACGCCCCCACCAUAAUGAUCGCUGAAAAGGCAGCGGAUGCCAUUAAAGGGAUUCCCUGUCUUCACGACCCUGGAGUUCCUGUUUACCGGCCCACGACUCUCGAGACGCAGAGAUAAGACAGCUUUGACCUGGCCGUUCAUGGUAAUGUGGGAGAACGUGUUUAGACUUGUUUAAACGCUUUCAAAUAAUCGGAACAUUUGGGAGGCCAGAUUUUCCUGGUUUAAAUGAAUCAUUUUGCCACAUGAUCAAACCACUCUUCAGUCUUAGGCGGCUUAGCUUCAUCCACAAAGUGACUGAUUUCAGUCUUAAAUUCAGACGUGCAUUAUUAAAAUGGAUCAUUGCUAAUGCAUUUAAUGAAGUAUGACCAGACAUGAUCUUGAUAAUUUUCAUGAGAUUCCCUCCAUAAGUGUCUUAAUGAAAUUUACUAAUAUCACACACUUUAAAGAAGAGCCAUUUGCAGCAUAUAUAUUUCCAGUUUGCAUUUCCACACUAUCAGUCUGACACAAUUAUGAUGUGUUAAUAAUCAGAAAUAAUACAUUUCAGCUGCUGAACCUACA